AUGAAUCAUCGAUUAUGCAUUUGCGAAUACAGGAACCCAAUAGAAUUUGUAUGUACUCUUAAGGAUUGCCCAGAUUAGAGAUUGAUUUGCAAAUCAUGUGCUUGGGAUCAUAAACAACACGACUCUAAAGUUCUUUAAAUUAAAGAAUUCGAAAACAUUAUUACAAAGUGAUUAUGUAUCUCUUAAUCAUAGUGACUCUCUAGUCUAAAGAAUCUAGGAUGUUUAGAAUGCAGAAGGAAUUAACAACUCUAUUGAAUAACUAAUACAUAUUGCUUAAGUUGACAUCAUUCAAAUAGUGAAGAAGAGAUGCAUAGAAUUAAAGGAUAAAAUAAAGAAGAGCCACAAUCCAUUUCAUAAAGCUGUUGAUCACAUUGCAGACAUAUCUAAAAAAUGUUAUACAUCAUGGACCAUAGAUUCUCUUGUUAAGGAAUUAGAUAUUUCUGAUAUUUAGGGUUAGCUAUAAAGAAGAGAAGCUGCUCAAUUUUAGAAGUUUUCUCUGAUUUGCAAAGAAAUCUUGAUCUUAUCUGAUGCUCUAGACAAACUAAGAAUAGCUUGUCAAGCAGAAGCAUCUCUAGAACUACAAUCUAUUAGGAUUUAUAUUUCAUAAAAUCUUGAAUUUAAGGAAAGCAAGCAAAGAUGUAAAAAAAUCAAAUGAUUAAACUUUUAGCUCUAUGUGCGUAAGAUUUUAAUGACAUCAAGAAGCCUGUUUUUAAGUAAGAAAAAUAACCAAUAAUUUGGAGUUCAUAAAUUCUUAAUCAAAACCUAUAAUAAGAAUAAGUUUAAUAGAAUUAUUAGAAGGCUCCUAAACAUAUGCAUUAAUCUCAUCUCCAUAUUAUUAAUUAACCAAAAGAAUUAUAAGAGAAAGCCUUACCAUACAAUAAUGGACGAUUAAAAAGCGAAUGUACAUCCUCUUAGGCUCAAAUUGAUUAAUUAUUUUUCAGUGAAAAUAAAUCACGUAAAUGCCUGUUUUUGGACUAAACAUAGGAAAAACUGAAAAACCAAUCUAAUUUUUACUCAAAUACAGACAGGUACUAUCCGACUUUAUUCUAGAUUAUUAUCACAAAGCCUAUAUGAAUCUUCAAAGAAAAAAAGUUGAAA